AUGGCCGUCACAGCAGCCGCUCCCAGUCAGGCUCACUUGGAUGUAGCACUUGGCAAAAUCAAGACCGAAGGAGUCUCUCAAGAGGAAUCUGAUCAAUUUGUGCAAGGUUUAAUCAACGAGCUAGACAAGGACAGUGACCAGGGCCAGCUUGCCAAGAACGUUUCCGAGGUGGCAGAAUGGGCCAAUGAUGUCGAUGAAAGCUUUUCCAAAGUUACCUACGGCCUGAAAGAUAUGAAUGAUAGAUACGGUACAACUUUUCCGCCUCUUCGCACUUUCCUCAGCGAAUGGGAGGGAUACAACCAACGAUGGGCUACGCACCUUUCUCUUUCUCGAGAUGUAGCUUCCCAACAGGCUGCAAUUCUUCAAAGGUUUGAUAAAGUCUUUCUCGAGAUAGUGAAAUCCAUCAAAACCGAUCAGGACCGUGAAGAUGCUAUUGUCGAGCUCGAAAGUUUCGCUAACGAGGACAAUAGCGAGCCCGAAAGGAUGGCGGAAGGCUUCAGGACCCUAAAAGAUGAUAUAGAAGACUUUGUGGUUAGAUUCGAUGCAUGGGUCCAGACGACGAGCACUGAACUCAAGCAACAAGCUCAGGAGCUACAAAAGGUGAUCGAGAAUCUCCGAGUGGAAAUUCAAGAGCUAGAUAUAAGAAUCAUGGAGGCUACCGCCGCGCUGUUGGGUAGUGCUGCUGCUAUAGAAACGUUUGUUGGGCUAGUCGGAGUAAUAGUUUCUGGAACAAUUCUGGCGCUGGCACUGGCCCAACGAGUUGACAAGACUAUAACACUCUCGAACAAGCGAAAGGAGCUCGCAGAAGUCAAUCGACAGCAGGAGGCGUUGGCGCAUGUUAAAACAGCAUUUGACGGGUUGAAACCUGAUAUUGCACUAAUCUGCCAAAAACUAUCAUUGUUCGGCGAAAUAUGGUCAUCGGUUCAAGCACAAACUCGGGCAUUCCAAGAAACGUUGAAAGGUGGCAUGGAGGCAAUUUCGAACUUGAGAUUCAAGAAGGAGAUCGAGCUGGCGCAAAAGCUUUGCACGCCUCUUCGUAAUGGCCUGGAAAAAUACGCGACGCUGUUGGAGAACCGUAAAUGA